AUGGACGGCGGCGACUCUGCGAAUAGCUCGGGACCAUGGCGCUUUGCGCAGUGCUUUGGUGACAAGGGCGAGGUUGAGGAUAUCACAGAGGCCGAUAUCAUCUCCACCGUCGAGUUCGACAACACCGGCGACUAUCUCGCCACGGGUGACAAGGGCGGCCGUGUCGUGCUCUUUGAGCGUAACAACCAGAAACGAGGCUGCGAGUACAAGUUCUAUACCGAAUUUCAGUCUCACGAGCCCGAGUUUGACUAUCUCAAGUCGCUCGAGAUCGAGGAGAAGAUUAACAGAAUAAAGUGGUGCAAACGUCAAAAUGCUGCGCAUUUCUUGCUCUCUACCAACGACAAGACCAUCAAACUAUGGAAAGUACACGAGAAAACUAUCAAGCAGGUCUCUGAAUCCAACUUGCACAAUGGGCAGCGAGCCACACCACCUCCCACCACCGCGGCCGGGCUGAAGUUACCCAGGAUGACGAUGGGAGAUGCGGUUGUGGCAGCCAUUCCGAGGAAGGUCUAUGCGAACGCGCAUGCCUACCACAUCAAUUCCAUCUCGAUCAAUUCAGACGGGGAAACAUACAUUAGCGCAGAUGAUUUGCGGAUUAACCUAUGGAAUCUUGGUAUCCACGACCAGAGCUUCAAUAUUGUCGAUAUCAAACCGGUCAACAUGGAGGAGCUCACGGAGGUCAUCACGGCGGCCGAAUUCCAUCCAAUCGACUGCAAUACCUUCAUGUACUCGAGUUCCAAGGGAACAAUCAAGCUCGCCGAUAUGCGCGACCAAGCAUUAUGCGAUGGACAUGCAAAGCAAUUUGAGGAGGAAGAGGACCCAUCGAACCGAUCGUUCUUUUCCGAAAUCAUCUCAUCCAUAUCCGACGUCAAGUUUAGCCGAGACGGGAGGUAUAUCCUAUCGCGCGACUACCUGAGCCUCAAGAUUUGGGACAUGAAUAUGGAUCGUCGACCGGUCAAGACGAUUAACAUCCACGACCAUCUGCGUGGGAAGCUCUGUGACCUCUACGAAAAUGACUGUAUUUUCGAUAAAUUUGAGUGCUCCUUUAGCGGAGAUGGCUCACAGGUGAUGACGGGGUCUUACCACAACUAUUUCCGGAUAUACGACGUUGAUGGCAACAAUGACGUGUUGCUCCAGGCUGACAAGUCGGCUUUCCGAGCAAACCGCAUAGGAGGAGCGCGGACACCCGUACGAGGACCGGGACGUCAAGGUAUGAAUGUGGAGACGAUCGAUUUUAACAAAAAGAUCCUCCACGGCAGCUGGCAUCCUCGAGAGAACACCAUUGCGAUCGCCGCGACGAACAAUUUGUUCCUGUACAGCGCAGCAUAG